AAAGAGAAGUAGUUGAAUGCAAAAAUUUUGACGCCCUUCCAUCGACUCCUGUUGAUAGAGAUUUCCCCCUUGUCGUGGGUAAUCACCCUCACACUAUCGGUUUCCAAGACCCUCAAGCCACUUUUCUCGUGAUGGUAGCUUGCGCCAUUUUGAAAGUUUCCUGACGCAGUGACCCACCCAGUGCUAGCAGCACAAAUAGUGCUAACAUUGCCAAUAGUACCUAUCAGUAAGGCAACGUGAUCGCGCCGGGGUACUUUUUUUCGUGAUCAGACAAAUAUAUUUUCUCAUCAGUGAUCGAUUGUCACUCGCCGUGAAAACAGACUAAUUUUAAAACUCCUCUCGAUAAUUCACAGUUUUCGCAUGUCGAGCUAAAAAUUACACGACUCAACAUUUUUUCAAGUGAAGAAAAGUGAUUGACAAAGUUGACGGUGAAAAAUGCGGGGGAUAAUUAAAUUGACUUUAGCGGUCGGAUUCUUUAUUGUUCAAAUAAAGGCCAUUUCGGAAAGACUUGAGCUAGCAUCUGUCGGAGGAAGGUUCGAACCACAGGUUGCUACUCUAUGCGAGUCUGAUGAGGUGUACAUGGCUCAACACAUGGGCGAACAGGGAAGAUGGAUUUCAUCUAAUGAUCAAACAAGCUGCCUGAAGAGCAAUUUAGAGAUACUCAAAUAUUGCAAAAAGGCUUAUCCGAAGAGGGACAUCACCAACAUCGUAGAGUCGUCUCACUACAUCAGAAUAAGUGGAUGGUGUAAACCUGGAAAAUCCAAAUGCAAAUUAUCUCGAUGGAUAAAACCUUAUAGAUGUCUAGAAGGACCGUUCCAAAGUGAUGCUCUACUUGUUCCGGAAGGAUGUCUCUUUGAUCACCUUCAUAACCAAACAAAAUGCUGGGAAUCACACAGGUGGAAUUCUACUGCAGCAGACACUUGCAAUGAACGAAACAUGAACCUAAGAAGUUUUGCUAUGUUACUUCCAUGUGGAAUAUCACUUUUCGCUGGAGUAGAGUUUGUGUGCUGUCCAAAACAUCCUGACGAGAAUCUAAAGUCUAAGAAGCACUAUGAAGUGCCAAUCUCUAGAAGUUUUGAUGAAGAUCUCACUGAAGACGACGAUGACGAUGAUGAUGACGACGAAGAUGACAUUGCUGAGCAAGAUACAUUGAUUUCUAGUAAUGAUGACGACUCCGACUCUGGCACUGAUGUCGAUAUAGGAAUGGAAGACAUACUUAGCGACCAGUCAGAAGAUCCGAACAGUGAAGAAUAUUUGGAAGAUUACGACACAGUAACAAGGAAAAUUUCAACUUCAGUAUCAUCAGUUGAAAAGCAGAAUCACGAAACGACAGUUCUGCUUCCGGUCAGUACGAGUAUUCCCACAACCACUCCAACACAAGGCACUCGAGAUCCUUACAUGACUAAUUUUGAUCCAAGAUCAGAACACAAAAGUUACAAGCAGGCGCAAAUGAGAUUGGAAGAAGUGCACAAGGAGAAAGUAACCAAGGAGACAGUUGCAGCCUUAGAAGCAAGUGGAACAGCUGAAAAGCACCAAUUAAGUGCUUUGCAUCAACAACGCGUUCAGGAGUCAGUCAGACAGAGAAAUGAAGAAGCUAUGUCUUGCUACACGGCAUCCUUAAAUGAAAUUCCACCAAACAUGCAUCGAAUUCAAAAAUGUCUGCAAAAGUUGCUUCGUGCACUUCAUAAGGAUAGGCACCACACAAUUGCUCAUUACAAACAUCUUCUGGACAGCAGCAUUGAACAGGCGCAGCGGGAGAAGACGGCUACUCUAGAGCACUUGGCGGAAAUUAACAGAAUAGCCAAUCAAAGCAUCUUGAUGUUGGAACGGUACCCAGAACUAAGUGCGAAAAUAGGACAGCUGAUGGAUAAUUAUGUACUGGCACUUCGAAGUAAGGAUGAAACUCCUGGACUGUUCUUAGCUAUGCCCAUGGAAGCCGAAGCAGCAAUUUUAGAUAAAUAUCAAGCGGAAGUUACUAGUAAACAGCAAGAAAAAGAACAUCAGAAGCAACUGGAACGAGAAAGAAAAGAACAGCGCAAAGCAGAACGGGGAGUCCAACGGUCUGAUAAAGAGAAACAUGAUACAAUAGAACCGGAAGUUAAGGAAGAAGCGUCAGGACAACCCAAUGAAGAAUCAUCGCAAGUGGCUGCUGUGCACAAUGAAGGAGUUGUUCGAGCAUCUCAUAGCAUGCUGCAUGACAUCUCCCAUUCUGAAUCUAGCUACUCCGUAAGGCGUGAAAUUUUCCAUAACGAAAGCAGAUCUCUCUACUUUACUCUGGCUUUUGCUGGAAUCGCAUUAACAGCUGCAGUUAUCGUUGGGGUUGCAGUUUUCAAAAGACGCAGCGCCAGAAACCCUCAUCGACAAGGAUUCAUUGAAGUCGAUCAAGCUGCAACACCUGAAGAAAGACAUGUUGCAAACAUGCAGAUCAACGGUUACGAGAAUCCCACUUAUAAAUAUUUUGAAGUUAAAGAAUAAUAUUUUCUAAUCUUCAGUUGUUAAAACAUUGUUCUCCUUAAGUUUAUCUUUAAUUAAUUAGAAUAUAUGCCAUUCGAAGAUUCUUUACAUCAUUAGGCAUAUAUUUGCGGCGAAAAGAGUACAUAUCUCUAAAAAAACAACAGUGGUUUUGAAUGUAAUCAUUUAUUGAAUUUAAUACCCUUUGAGAACGAAAUUCAAUCAAACAUUUAAUAAAUCAGAAUUGUUUUAUUAAUGCCCAAGUUUGACUCUUAAAUGGAGAAAUGGCAAUAUUUUUUAACAAAUUUCUUCUCUUUAAACAAAGCCAUCUGCCCAUAUGCUUAUUUUCAAAGACAUUUUUUAUCCGCCUCAUCAAACUUUUAUUUCCAAAUGUUUAAGUUUUAUUAACGAUAUUCAAAGACCUAAAUCUUAAUUAAUUAAUUCUUGAAUAAUUAUUAUUGAAUUAUAAUAAAUAGUUGCGAUUUCUCAAUUCGCUUUAAUUUAAGUGAAAUAUUUUCAGCGUAUUUACUUAGUGACACAUAAAUAAAAGUACAAACAUUUAAGAAUUUUAAAACAAGCUUUGAAAAUAAUCGUAUAGGUGAAUAUGAUUGAAAGUCCGAUUCUAAGCUCGACUAACGAACUUGUUGAAAAAACUUGUUGAAAAUUCUGUCACCCCUUCGGCACAUUUACAAUUUAACUGCAAAUUUUUUUUAAUAAUGGUUUUUAAUUGUUAUAAAUAACGCGUAAAAUAGAAAUGGUGUUAAAAAUUACUGUAGUCAUUCCAAGUAGUGAAACUGAAAAUAACUUUGUGUACUUUCGUUUUGAAGUUUGUAAAAUGUUAAUAUUUGUUAUUGGCAACAUUUUAUGUAAAACUGAAUUUGUGCAAUAUUAAUUUACAGCUGCAUACUUUAGUCUAUGUGUAAUACUGUGUAAUGUAUAGAAGCAUUACACAAGUUUUGUACUUAUAAUUAUUUUAUGUUUGCAAAUAAAGUUUCGUAUAAAUUUUUACAUUACAUUUAAAGUUCUAUAAUCUUUGUCUUUAUAAGAUUUAGACACUUUUUCUGUUAGUACUCCAUUUCAUUCAGUAUAAACUUUUGUAAUUAAAAGUAUUUUAAUUUGAAGUCUUCCAGUGAGGGGAAAUUAACUUGGAAAAUGAUACAAGAAUUUUCAGCUUUUAAAAAUUCCUACCUAUUUUAUAUCGAAAUGUGCUGAAUUUGGAAUAAAAGUGCAAAAUUAUAAAAAAUGUUUUUGCAUUUCGACAUUAAUACAAUUCCAGCAAAAGUGAUACGACGACUAUGAUGGAUGAUAUUUAAAAACUUAUUCACCCAGUAAAAAGUUAAUAUUUUUGGUUCUUUUUAAUAUUUUAUGCAUAAAUUGACUUCUUUUUUAUUUUAUAAAUUGUAAAGUACAGUAAACUAAAGUUUAUUGUACCACAAAAACAAGUAUGAUUUAAAAAUAUUAAAAAUAUCUAACUUUAAUUGUAGGAACGACCCCGGUUGGCAUAUUUUGCAAGACUUCUUUGGUGUUUAUUACCAGACUUAUUGAUGAAAGUUUGCCGCAAGUUUAAGAUGUCAAAUUAAAUUUUUUCCUUUUUUAAAAAUUUUUUUUAGACUUUUAUUCAAACUAUUUUCUUUUUAUAUAUAGUUUUUCUAAGGAUAUCAAAUUCAGACAAAAAUUGUACGUUGCUUAGCUACAAUUUUGAUACUUUCUUUUUGUCUCAAUUUGCUAUCCUUGGAAAAUCUGUGAUAUAAAUGUUUUAAUAAAUAUAAUGUUUGUGAUUAAAGCAACUUCCAGUAAGACAAUUUAUUUCUUAAAGCGUCAGAUUAGUUUUCUUUUAAUUACCCGAAAAGAAUCGACGUCAAUAACAAAUAUUAAAUUUUGCAACAAAUUUUCUUAUUCUUUAUGCGACAAAGAUAUAAUUAUAAAAUUUAUUUUACCAUGUGUACUCGUGCAAAAGAAAUGAAAGAUAUUUCAGAAGCGGACUCACAAUCUUUUGAUAGCUUUAAUACGUUUUUAUUUUUUUGAAAAUAAAAAAAUUAAUAUUCAGAAAGUCGAAUUCACUUUCUUGAGAGGUUUGUAAAAAUUUUGUAUUUUAAAUUCAAUGAAAAAACCAGCACUGAAUUUUAAUUUAUGUAUUGCACAUAAAUCUAAGUUGUUAAUAAGUCAGGCUACUCAAGUCGAUACUUUCAGCAAAAAAAAAAAAAAUCUUUAAAAAAUUUAUAAUUGUUUGUUAAUUUUAAUGGCGGACAAAGAAAAUUGAUGUUUUGAGCUAUUGAUCAGACGAUGACUAUUUUAUGUUUUUGGGGUCACAGAAGCCGAAUCUGAAGUUUAUUUAACCCCAUCACUUCACGGUUCUGAGAUAUCCUAAAAGAAACCAAAAUUUUAAAAUAAAAAAUAAUUCUGACCAUUUAAGUUUUACCAUGACUGCUUUAUGUUUUUUGGGGUCGCUGAAGCUGAAUCGUAAGUUCAUUUAACCCCAUUAUGUCAGGGUUUUGAGAUAACCUAAGAAAACUCAAAAUUUGACCCCAAAUUUCUUAAUCAAGGAAAUUUCUUACGUCUAAGUCUUAUCAUGACUGCUUUAUAUUUUUGGGAUCACUGAAGUCGAAUCUGAAGUCUAUUUUAUUUGACCCCAUCACUUCAGGGUUUUGAGAUAACCUCAAAAAUACCCAAAAAAAAUUUGAAAUAAUAAAAAAUUCUAAUCUUAAAGUCUUACCAUGACUGCUUUAUGUUUUUAGGAUCGCUGAACAUGUCAUGGUAAGACUUAAAGAUUAUAAUUUUUCAUGAUUUCAAAAUUUUUGGGUAUUUUUGAAAUUAUAUCAAAACCCUAAAGUGACGGGGUUAAUUAAACUUUAGAUUUUACUUCAGCGACCCCAAAAACACAAAAAAGUCAUAAUAAGACUUACGUAUAAGAAUUUUCCUCAUUUUUAAAAUUUUGGGGUCAAAUUCAGGGUUUUAUAAGUUAUCUAAAAACCCUAUCGUGGUGGGGUUAAUUAGACUUUAGAUUCAGCUUCAGGGACCCAAAAAAUAUAAAACAGUCAUGGUAAGACUUGAAAAUUCAGAAUUAUUUUUUGUUUUAAAAUUAAAAAAAAAAUUUUAAAUACAUAAAGCAGUCAUAGCAAGACUUACAUAUAAGAAUUUCUCUUUAUUUAAAAUUUUGGGGUCAAAUUUAGAGUUUUUUUAUGUUAUCUCAAAACCCUGGUGUGGUGAGGUUAAGUAAACUUCAGAUUCGGCUUCAGCGACCCCAAAAACAUAAAGUAGUAAUGGUCUGCUCAAAAGCUAAUAACAUGAAUUUUUUUAUGAGCCAAUGUUUUUAUUAGAUAUGACUAUUAUUUGAAUUAAGGCAAAUACGUCCAAGAGAUAUAAAAAUAGAAUAGAGCCAUAAUGUUUGCGAAGCUAAGAAGCAGUAUUACUUAUCUUUAAACGAUCUUUUUUCCUUUUCUCUCAAAUGAAUCCUGCCACGCUCUUCUGUUGUUGUAUCUUUUUGAUGUUUACUGUCACUUUCUUUUUUUCUUUCUUUAUAUAAUAAAAACACAAACAACACUAAAGAAUUGUCACACUGCAAAGCAUCUUCUAAGGAAACGUAAACAUUUGUCUUUUGCUAAAUUAAACAAUGGAUUCCAAGUUUGUUAUUUCCGUUAGUAAUAUGUACAUAACGUUUCACUUCAACAUUGAAAGACGUACACCAAAGAUAAAAGCUUCAAUGUUCUUAUUGCUUGGAAAUUUCAAGUUUAUUAAAAGAAUUUAUUUACCAACCAGAUAAAAAUAUGGGCACAUGCUUCAAUAUUUUUGCAAUGCAUUACUUAAAAAAAUAGUUUGCAAAUACUCACUAAAAAGUUGAAAAAAAUAUAGUGUUAAACCAGACGACUAAUGUCAAAACUAACCGUCUAAAGGUUAUAAUUAUUGUUUUAUGGGCUGAAAAGUAUUAAAAUAUAUACGAUAAUAAUAGAUAUUAAUACAUUUUUAUUGUUUAUGUGUAAUUUGUUAUAGUAGGCACAGCUUUAAAUGAAGAGCAAUUUAAUUUUAGCUUAAUUCUAUGAAUUUCUUCCUGUGUCUUUUAAACAUUUGAGUCGUAGUCGUAAAUAGGAAAUAAAAUAGUAUUAAGAAGUUUAUCUGACACAGUGCAAGUUUCUAGUCAGCCUUUUAGUCACAAUGUUAUAUCAUUUAUCUCAUUUUUUCUAUCAUUAAGCCUAAUAAUCAUUUUCAGCCAUUGUAUGUGUAUAAGACAAGUUUUUUAUAAGCAAAAUUGAAAAAGAAAUUAUUCCUAAUAUAUUUUUCCAAUUAUCGCCAAGAAAAAAAAAAAAGAUGAGAUCUGCUUUAUAAACAGAAAUUCUGUAGCAAUAAAAAAUGUUUUUAGGAAUUCUUUCAAAAAGAAAAACAAUAAAUUAUACGAUUAUACGUUUUUGGAUUUUCAAUGAUAAUAAUAAAGAGGAUUUGUAAUUUAAAGAUUGAUUUUAAGAAAUAAAAAACUAUUUGGUACUUGAUCACCCAAUAACUUUUUAAGAGGUAUUAAAAGACAAGGAUAAUAAUGGAAAAUAUUCGAUGGCUUUAUUCGACUAUGCCAAUAGUUUCCCUUUUCAAAGAUGUAUAUGUGAGCAGAAAUACUGAAUUAGUCAUGUUGAAGUCGACGAAUAAGAGGAACAGUUACUAAGCGGUGGUGUAAUUUUGAGUGGUACAAUACCUCUAAAGAUGCUAUAGAUAUAUAUAAAUAUAUAUGUAUAUGUGCGCAUGUGUACAUGUAUAAAUAUAUAUAGAAUAUUUGUUAAAAAAACAAAACAAUACUGUUAAUACACUAAAUAUCUUAGAAUAUUAUUAUACCUAUAUAUAAUGUCGAUGAUAAUGUAAUACACAAGACCGCUCAAAUGACGGCCCUGAAAAAUUGUAUUUAAAUAAAUUCUUUUCUUCUGGUAUGAAAAGGAUUUUUCCUAAAAUUCUAACGACAUCUUUCAUUAUUUUCAACAAAAUUACUUCACAUUGUAAAACUGUAAAAGCAAUUAAUUUAUUAAAUGUUAUUUACAUCCUGAA